AUGGAAAAUCUCAAAGAACGAUGCACAUCAAUACCAUGGAAUUUGUUUCCAAAAACGUAUCAGGAUGCAAUCGAAACAACAAGAGCGUUGAAUUUGAGAUUCCUGUGGAUUGAUUCUCUGUGCAUUAUCCAGAAGUCUAUCCCAGGUCCCGAUUCAGAGUCAUCAAAAGACUGGUUGGAAGAGAGCUUGAAGAUGGGAGAAUAUUAUGGCAAUGCAACCGUUUGUAUCAACGCCGCACACGCUACGGAUGAUACCGUGGGCUGCUUCGUAAAACGCAAUCCGCUAAGUACGUUUCCUUGCAAGAUACAGAUACAAUUACCUACCGACACAAAGCCUGAAUCGUUCACUUCUUGUGUAGGUGAAGUCUACGAGCCACUUUACCACUGGAGUUUACCACAUCGAAGAUCUGAAGCUAAUACCCCUUUGAAUCGUCGAGCAUGGUGUCUACAGGAGUCCACUAUGUCCAUCCGUAUGCUAAAUUUCGAAGCAGAGCAAAUGACCUGGGAAUGCCAUGCGGGUCAAGCAAAUGAGGUCUGUCCGGCUGGUACUUCAUUUCCAGGAGGCUACACAUAUAUUCCAACAAUGAGAAAUGUAAUCGCACGAGCUAGGGCUGCGAAGUUUAAUUCAGAGCCAUAUUUCGACAGGAGAAAUACUUCCAUUGGACAUGGAUAUCCCUUGUCAAACUUUGAACCGAUCACUUCGGAUAUGAAAGAGGGCGACAAGGCGUGGGAUGAUAUGUGGAAGGCCUGGAGAGAUACAGUGCAAGAUCUUACUCGGCGUGACAUAUAUACCGGAUGGGACUUGUUGCCUGCCAUUUCUGGAAUCGCAACAACCAUACAACAGAUCCUCAGCUUUCCAGAGGAACGCUAUCUUGCUGGUAUAUGGGAUGCUGAUUUGCCCAGAUCACUACUAUGGAUGACCCAAAUCAGAAAACAACUGGCGGGAUCUGAUCAUCCAAUAAAGCAGCCCCAGCGAAACGGCAGGAGUCCGACAUGGUCAUGGGCAUCAAUUGACAACGGAAAUGUUGAUUUUAUGAACAUUUGGGUCGGCGCAAAAGAGCCAGCUAACCCUUUUACUGUUCUACAUCCUCCCAAAAUAGUACCGAUCGAGGGCUCUACUCGCUUCGGACAAAUACAGUCGGGACGAUUGUACUUAUCAGGUUAUCUCAUACUCGCACGUGUUGGAGGAAAAGACACGCGCCGGUCUGAUGAAGAAAUGCCUCGGGAGCUAUUCAACCGCUCUUUUCUAAAACUCGAAGACCCCCAGAAUAAGGAUGGGGUGGGAUAUUUUGCGGCUGAUGAGAUAAACAAGCCGGUGCAGGAUAUUUGGAUCUUGCCCAUAAGGGUAUAUUCCCUCCGUCGGAAUCUGGAUAUAGUUGCUGGUUUAGCUCUUGUGCGAACUAACAAUCAUGAUGGUGAUUUCGGAUAUGAAGAAUACAGUCGAUUGGGGAUUGUAUAUCAGGUGCCACUGACUUGGUUUCUUAACACAACGGAGGAAAGUCUGGUGAUCGUGUAG